CAACCAGUGCUGUGCUCGCAGUCGCGCUGUGAGUGAGGUCAUCCAUGGGAGACGGAACACGAGACAGGAAGAAGAGGGCUGGCAGGAGCGGCGUAGCACUGUGAUGGUUUCUCUUAUUGUGAGCCUGCUGGCCGGGCUGGCCCUCCCACACAGAAGGUACUGUGCACUAUUAGCCUGUACACCUAGCACUGGCAGUGGUUAUGGUCCAUAGUGACGGUGACCUCAGGGCGGGUUUAAUCAGACCAACUCGCUGUUGGUGAAAUGAUUUAAUUCUUCGCAGUAAAUCUCUCUAAGCAAUGUAUCUGUGAGAAUUGCAGCGAGCUUGUCGGUUAUAAUAAUACAUUUUAUAUUUGUAAUGAAUGUAAACGUUGCACAGGUUGAUAGUUUUAAAUAGGCAGCUGAUUGAAAGGUUAAAAUAAAAUGAGCUGCUGAUCUGAGAGGGCAUGCAUGUAGGGAACCGAUCUUUCAUUGUUGCCAGACUGUAAAAGUUCUGACAUCCUCGCCCCUUUAUGUGUAUAUUGUUUUCUUGGUUACCAUAACAUCAGGUAACUGCUACUCUGAAAGGGUUUUUCAGCACGAAUAUUUGUAGGGUCUGAGCUUCCACUGUUUAUAGAAUCCACUUGUUUUCAGCUGGGCCCAACACUGUGAGUUGUAAUAAAAAUACUUUUGCCAGCCUAACCUCAGUCUCUCUCUUACAGUGUGACUUAAAGCGGCACUGUCAUGCCGAACUUACCUUUCCUCAAUCUCUAACUCUUCUUCUCCUCAGGAUCUGUUCUUCUUUUCUUCCUGUCUUCUUUAGUUUUCUUUAAAAUCAUAAGACAAAGUAGGGACUCUUUGCCUUAUGGAGGUUUCCUCCGCGUUGACCAGCGGAGGAGCAAAGUGUGCUUCAUUUCCGCUGGUCAGAGCAAUUUUCCCACGAUGCUUCCUGUCACUUAGACAGAACGCAGGCAAAAGUGCAGAACUGCAUCCUAACCGAAUGAGAACCGUUUCUCCAUUCGUGUUAGGAUGCAAUUCAGGAUUUUGUUCGGAUCGCAAUUUCAUUUGAAUGAAUGAAACUCCGAUCCUAUUCGUGCUCUGGCUGCAUCUUGCAGCCGCUUAGUAGAUAACUCCCUAAUUCCCACGGUAUUAGGGAGUUAUCUACUAAAAGGCUGAAAGACCUAAAUUGGUCUUUCAGCCAACUUUAUUAAUACUAAGUAAACAUUACUUAGUAUUAGUAAAUUCAGCCCCUACUAGCUAUACCGUGAGUAGGGGCAUGUCUAUUAAACAGUGAGCAACCAGUGGCUGCUCACUUUAAAAAAACAACAACAAAAAACUACUAACCGCCAAAGAACUUUCCCACGCUGUGUAAAAUGACACAGAGCACUGUGAUUGGUUAGAUUCCAAACCCACCAGAGUGCUCUUUGUCAUUAUACACAGCGUGGAAAAAUUCCAAAGAACUUGGGACCCCUAGUCACCUUGAUUUUGGGGUAGGGGGUGAAUUUUUAUUUAGGGCCCCCACCCACCGCUCACGGGUGGGGGCCGGGGGGAGGACAGUAGGUCCCCCCUUAUUGUUUAUUAGGGCCCUCACCCACCGCUCAGGGGGGAGGACAGUAGGUCCCCCCUUAUUGUUUUUUAGGGCCCCCACCCACCGCUCGAGGGGGAAGACAGUAGGUGUCCCCCCCUUAUUGUUUUUUAACCCCACCCACCGCUCAGGGGUGGGAGCCAGGGGGAGGACAGUAGGUGUCCCCACCCCUUAUUGUUAUUUAGUAGGUUGUUUUUUUGUUUUGUUUUUAAACUUGUCCCUACUCACGGUACAGCGAGUAGGGGCAUUGGGGAGAUUUUAAUCUCCCUUAUGCUAUUAUGGGGGUCAUAUUGACCCCCAUAGAGUGAGGGGGGGACCUGGGGGGCUUAUGAAGUGGCCCCCCUGCCGCUUCUAUCUUUACAUAUUACAAGGAGGGAGCUGCGUGCCAGUAGCUCCCUCCUUGUAAUAAACUGACCGAACAAACAAACACUGAUACUCUGUGUUUUUGUUUGUCUGACAAUGCUAUUCAUUCAUUCGUCUUUCGAAUGAAUGAAUAGAUGAAAUUCCCGUUCGCAUGUCCAAGUGUUUCACUGGGCAUGUGCGGGAAUCUCAGUGCUAUCUAGUGUGGGCAGAUGACGUGUCCCACAGGGACUUCUUCUACCCACACAAAGAUGGCGGCGCCCUGAAUAUAGAUUGGGGCAGAAAAUAAAGAUGAAAAAAUAGGUAAUAUGGGGGGCUUAGGGGCUUUUGGGGGUAAAUAGGGGGUCAAUUAGAUGUAGUGGAGGGGGGUUAAAAUAAAACAGGAUUCAGCCAUGACAGUGCCGCUUUACAGGUUUGCAACAUAGCUGCCCAGGUCUCACUAUAUUUUGAGCCAGGGUAGUAGUUUAGGAUUUAAAAUGCUGAGCAUUGUAGCACAGGUCUAUAAAACAUAUUAUGUUGACAUUAAUUUCUGAAGACUUCAAUGUGUAGGUUUUAAAGGGUUACUGCAAGCACCACGACUACUUUAGUGAGUUGAAGUGGUCAUGGUGUGUGGAGUCUGUAUGUACUGCAUAUAUGAUAUUAAAAUCAUUGCUAAACGGUAUGCUCAAAUACCAGGUAACUGUGACUGGACACCAUAACCAUUACAGUGUGCCAUAGUGGUUAUAAUGAUUAGAGUAACACUUUAAAAUCUGUUACCAAGUGUUAUACAAGGUGGCAUGUAAUGAAUGAAACCCCAAGUAUUGUUUUAUGUAGCAUAUUAAAUAAAGCACUAUGAACUUAUUCUAAAUAUUUUUAUAGUUGUUUUUUUUUGUUUUGUUUUGUUUUUAAACACCAAUGUAUUUAUACUUAAAAUUUAUAGCUUUAUACCAGAAUAACAUGUUAUAAAUAAGAUGAUCUACAUUUCCAGAUGUGUCUUUUUUUUUUUUUGUUUGUUUUUUUAGCAAGCAUACACAAACAUUGGUUUUUGUUCUGUCAUUUUCUCAACUUACUAAUUUUCACUUUUAUUUUAGAGCUUUUUAACACCACAUAUUUGACAGAAAUUCUGAAGAAAUUGUAUUCACGUUUGGAUUGUUUGACCAUCUGAUUCCAUCAUCCAUCAAGAAAAUACUACUUCUGUCGCUGUUUUUAAUGUAUCAUUUAUAGAUUUCUGCAGUUCCAAAUGUAAAAUUCUGAGAAUGCUUGGAUCUCUAUGGGCUCGAAUUUGUGGCUUAGAUAGCCCAGUUUCUCUUAGGCGUGCAGAAACCACUCGAAGAGUUCUGAGUUUGGAGUUAAACAAGGAUAGGGAUGUUGAGCGAAUACAUGAAAAUGGCAUCAACACACUUGAUAUUGAUCCUGUGGAGGGCAGAUACAUGCUUUCUGGUGGAGCUGAUGGCAUCAUCGUUGUGUAUGACCUUGAAAAUUUGAGCCAGUCUCUCUCUUACACUUGUAAAGCAAUAUGUAAAGUAGGAAAAAGUCACCCCAAUGUGCACAAGUUCAGUGUUGAGACUGUACAGUGGUAUCCUCAUGACACUGGAAUGUUUACAUCUAGCUCAUUUGAUAAGACACUGAAGAUAUGGGACACAAACUCCUUACAUCUUGCUGAAGUUUUUCAUUUUGAAGGGACCGUGUACAGCCACCACAUGUCUCCCCUGGCUACAAAGCAUAGUUUGAUAGCAGUUGGCACAAAAAGCCCAAAAGUGCAACUCUGUGACUUAAAAUCUGGUUCGUGUUCUCAUAUUUUGCAGGGUCAUAGAGGAGAGGUGCUUGCAGUCCGUUGGUCUCCAAGAUAUGAUCAUAUUUUAGCAACUGCAAGUGCUGAUAGCAAAGUUAAAUUAUGGGAUGUACGCAAAGCAACUGGUUGCCUAAUUACUCUUGAUCAGCACAAUGGAGAGAAGUCCAAGUCUUCUUUGGAAACUGCAAAUACGGCCCAUAAUGGUAGAGUUAAUGGGUUAUGUUUUACCAGUGAUGGUCUUCACCUCAUAACAGUAGGGACUGAUGAUAGGAUGAGGCUUUGGAACAGUGCGUCAGGUGAAAAUACACUUGUAAAUUAUGGCAAGGUUUGUAACAGCAGCAGGAAAAGUCUCAAGUUCACAGUGUCUGAGGGUUGCAGUCCUGAGUUUGUGUUUGUACCAUAUGACAGUACUAUAGUGGUUUAUACUAUUUAUUCUGGACGACAGGUUAGUGUAUUAAGAGGACAUUAUAACAACGUCGACUGCUGUGUGUUUCAGCCUCAGUUUCAGGAGCUGUAUAGUGGCAGCAAAGACUGCAAUGUUCUUGCUUGGGUGCCAGCAAUACGUGAGCCUGUUCCUGAUGAAGACUCUGUAAAAUCAGGGUCAAAGGCAUAUCUAAAUCCUGCAUUUGAAGAUGCAUGGAGUAGCAGUGAAGAGGAAGGAUAAAUUAUAUAUACUAUUAUAAAAUCAUCAUCAAAUUUAACAGCAGUAUGUUCAUUAAAACAUAAUGUCACCCUUUCAAUCAUUGUAUUUCAUAUUCUGUCAUAUACUAUCAAUGAUUUUUUUUUAAUUUUUUUAUUGUACACAUCUGGCCCUUAAAAAUGCUGCAGCAAUGGGUACUGUUAAUAUUAUUACUUAUGUAACACAUUAUUUGCAAAGAUAACUUUUUGUAAUUUUUUAUUAGAGAUUGUUUGUUGGGAGUUUUUUGGAGGCAUGUUUCAUUUUUACCAAACAUGUGCAAAUAUAGAACAGAAAAACGCAUUCCAUAGGUGCCAAAGGUGUACAAUGCUUGGACGUUGGAAUAUUAUUAAUCCUGGGUUAGGGAAUUAGUACACCUCAUAUUGUACAAAAUAUUUUUAGACAAAUUCUGGAGCACACCGCAUAAAUUCAACAAAGACAUGAAAUAUCAAACCGGAAACUUGAAAGCAUAGCGAGGACCUAUGGAUUGGAGUGGAUUUGCAGGUGUUGUGAUAUUUAUCCCAAGCACUCCUUAAUUUGUGGAAUUUCUGCGUAGAACCUGAGAGCCUAUGAGACAUCUCAUUGUGUGGAUUGCAAAGAGAAUAAAACAGGUUGCAAGAGAGGUGGCACAACCAAUAUCCAAUUUAUUGUGAAGUUAUUUUUAACAGCUACCAAAAUAUGCAUGAUUAAAGGGAAACUAUAGUGGUAGGAAAACAAAGUUGUUAUAGUGACCUACAGCGGAUCCCACCAUCCCCCUCCUGCACUUGGAGUGUUAAAAAACAUUCCGUCACUUGCCUCAUUCCAGCGCCGAUGUCUUUCGGUGCUGGGACCGGCUCCACCCUUCGACUGAUGACACCCGGCGAGGAAGACCUAAGGGGCAUGCACAACAAGCACCGCGCUCACAUUAGGACUGCCCCACAGGAAAGCAUUGCUCAGCCUGUACCAUGUUUUUUGUUUUUUUUAUGUGUAGGUGAUAAUUCCUCCUUGAUAAUAACUAGGACUUUUAGCUCUUCAUUUGGACACAAUCAUUUUACUGUUGUAUAGUGAGCUGCAUAAAGUAGGUUAAAAAAAGUUUACAGUAUACGAAUUUUAAUAUAUGCUUGUAAUUACCAUUUGUUAUUAUGUAUACAUACACAUUUACUAAAUUAUAUAAGGGAUGAGACCAGUUUUUGUGACAAAUUACAGUUUUAUUACAUGUUUAUAUUUUGAUCUACUUGGCACAAAACUUCAACUUUCUUCUACUAGCAACAAUCACUAAAUGGCCAAUGAAAAAAUGAAUGGAAUGAAGAGGAUAAGUACAAUGAAUGGAAUGAGAAGGUGGUUGAUAAAAGCAUGGAAAGGGCG